AUGUACGUGUGUACCUCUACCAGCCCACUAAUAUUAUGUACGUGUGUACCUCUACUAGGUCGUCAUGUGAUCAAGGUGGCUGCAGGAGAUAACCAUAGCUUAGCCCUAACUGCAAACUCCCAGGUGUACUCCUGGGGCUCUAACUCCUGUGGUCAGCUUGGACAGCCAGAUAGUGUCCAGGUACCGACCAGAAUUAAGUUCACAAAAGGUUUUAUGGCCUGGGAUAUUUGUGCAGGGGCAGAUCACUCUGUGUUUCUUGGAGAUGCAGCAGACUUGAGUCCAGAUGUGCUGUACA